AUGCCAAGUGUGGAAACAACGCGGCCAGCGCAGCAAGUCCCAGAUGAUGAAGAGGAGCCCGACGAGAUUUCCUGGAACCUGGGCUUUGUAGAGGAGCCAGAGAAGCCCCACCUGCUGCUACGGCACCACUUUCCGAGUAAAGUUGGCGGCAGACCGGCAUGGCUGGAUCCUGUACGUCUGCCCACGCGGGAGAUGCUCACGUGCCGUGCGAGCGGGAAACCUCUGGAUUUUCUUCUACAGAUCUACGCGCCUGUGGACGCUAACCCUGUCGAAGGCUUCCACAGGUCGUUGUUUCUGUUCAUCAGCCCGGAGGGGUCUCGCCUCCGCGAGCCCGGGGCUGUACGACUGUUCCGCUGCCAACUCCCCCGCCAUAACCCCUACUACCCCUCAGAGCCCCCAACUGUGAAAGACAAGUACCCGCCGCGACUCCGGCCCUCCGACGCCGACGCCAGCCGGGAGCGGGAUCCUUGGCGGUCACUGGACGCGGAGCGGCCCCCGGGGGCGUCGGCGUCAUCGUCGUCAUCGUCCUCUUCAGUGUCAGCAGCAGCUGCAGCAGCAGCUAAAAAGCGAAAAGGCGGCAGCGCUAACGCUCAAACGGCGGCUGCUGAGCUGGCUGGGGCGGCGCCGUUAGGUGAUGGCGCCGGUGGGAGCGGGAGCAGCGGCAGUACUACGGCAGCGGCGGCGGCGGCGGCCCCGUUGCCGCGGAUAAGCAUUCGAGGGCCUGGCGGUCUGUACCCGGAGUUGGAGCUGGUUGUCGAGCCGGAGGAUGAUUACCAGGAGGGCGACGACGAGGAGGAGGCCCUACAGCAGUACCGAGCUCGGGUGGCUGCCGAGGGGGAUCUGGACGACGAGGAGCUGCCGCCGGAGGUGGUGGAGGCGGUGGAGGGGGCGGCGGCGCCCGAGCAGACGUGCUUUGCGGACUUCCAAGCCCGCGUGUCGUGGGCACCCCGGCAAGUCAUCCGGUAUUGCUUCCAGAGGGGCGCCCGGCCGCUGUGGCCAGCACCGCACCACCGGCCGGGUCCGGGCGACAUCCCGCCCUGCUGUCACUGCGGUAGCCCCAGGACACACGAGUUCCAGGUCCUGCCGCAGCUGCUGCACUACCUGCACCUGGACGAGGAGGACCCCGCCAGCCCCGACUGGUCGACAUUGGUGGCCUUCACGUGCGCGGCCUCAUGCUCACCAGCAGCUGGUGCAGAGUGCUCGUACCUCGAAGAGCUGGUGUGGGUGCAGCCGCCUGCACUGUGA